GUGCUGAUCUAUUUCUAGUAUUAGAGCGAGUUCCUUUGUCUUCUAGGCGGUGUGGUAGGGAGGGUGGGUGUCUAUUAUAAUAGCCUUAUGUUACACGGGGUAAGGGUCUAUACUUCUCUAUCCUGGUCCGCACUAAGGCAGGUGAGUAUUACGUUAGUGUUCCUUGACCACAACGAAUGUAAUAAUGAAAUCCAACCCAUUCUUAUAUCCGUUGCCUUUGGUCCUGCCAUCCCUUACUUCCCUGCCAUCCCUGGGAUGGUUGUGAUGUUGGGGAUGGCUGCCAUCCCAAGGCGUCCUGCCAUCCCUCGGAUGGUUGCCCUUGGCGGGAUGGCACAUCACGUGACCUAG